CGACUGAAUUUUCCUGCGAGAAUUAGAGUCUUCUGUGUGAAAUUCCUGGGAAGUUCGUGUAAAAGAAGUACUGAAUUAUACAAGCAGCUACAAACUAAUUUGUGGUUUAAUUCCGGUUUCAGUUCUCACUCCAGCAGAGACAGAGAGAGCCAUGAUGUGGGCGGCGUCAGCGCGGCCCAAGAUCGGCCACCGGGCGACGAGCGACGUGGUGGUGCGGCUGCGGACGCCGGAGGGGCGGGACGAGUGGCUCUACUGCCACUCCGCCGUGCUCGCCGCCGGGAGCGGUUACUUCGCCGACCGCCUCUCGGACGCCUGGCCGACCUGCCAGAUCCUCGACUCCCGCUACUGCGUCGAGGUCCGCUGCCCGGACCUGGACCUCAGCUCCCACGUCAACGCGCUCCGCCUCCUCUACGCCGCCGAGCCCGUCUCCCGCUUCGGCGUCCGCGGCGCGCUCGGCGUGCUCCGGGCCGCCGCGCACCUCGGCUGCCCCCGGAUCGCCGCCGCCUGCGCCGACUACCUGGAGUCCGCGCCCUGGGACGAGGCCGACGAGGAGGAGAUCCUCGCCGCCGUCCCGUGCCUGCCCGGCGGCGCACAGUACGACCGCGUCCUCGCGCGCCUCCGCCCCGCCGAUCCGGCGCCGGCCACCGCCAUCUUCCUCUCCGCGUUCCGCCACGCCACGGCCGCGCCGUCGGCGGCGUCGCGGGAGCUCAAGUCCGCCGCGCAGGAGCAGCUCGAGUACAUGCUCACCGAGGACGACGACGCGCCCUUGCUCGCCUUCGACGACACCGACGCCGGCAACUCCGUGAAGUCUCAGGUGAAGGACUGCGUCGCGGGCUUACUGAGCAGGUUCAGCGAUUUCACCAGCUAUGCGCUGUCGAAGAAGAUGGAACCGCCUUGCUGCUCCGGCGAGAGCGAGCUUCAGCAGGAGCUCUAUUCGUUCGUGUCAGAUAUCUCCUGGGUCUGCCAGGUCCUGGGCAAGCUGGAGAUGAUGAAAUGCAUUGCAGCCUACUGGGUCGGAGCAUCGCCUGAUGUUGUCAUGGCUGUCGAGGCAUCGUGCCCGGGUUCUGUAUGCCUGAAGACCAGGGUGAAGGUUAUAGAGAUAUCUGCAAAGGUCUUGGAGGCGGUCGCGUUUGGCAAUGUGGUCCUCCCAGCAGAGAAACGGUGUCUUGCGGUGAAAGUUUGGAUCUGGUUUGCAGGGAUAACAAAGCAUUUGGUCGAUCGAGCCAACCGUGGUGACGACAGCGAAAGUCAUAAUGGUGAGGAUGGUAACCAUGGUGAUGCUGAAACAGCAGCAAAGAUCGGCUUGGACAGCGAGGUCUGGCAGGGGUUAGAGUCUGCGAUUACCGCAAUUGUGAUGACUCUGCCUUCGAACACACAGGCUGAGAUUCUGUCAGGGUGGCUUCAGUCGGAGCAUGCCGCGUUCCUGGACCUGACGGAGGCGUUCGAUGCCUGGUGUUAUAGAUCGAAGGUUGCUAGAAGAAGGCUGUCUUUCUUGAACAACAUCAAUCCGACACCUUGAGCCCGGGUCUGCAGCCAAAAUCAUCUGGAGGGUUUACAGCACUAAGCAUCUGCCUUUUUUUUCACCAAAACCAAUGAACAUGGUAUUCUAUUGCUUUGCCAUAUGGUCACAUUGUUGUUCGUUGUCAAAAUUGCUUCAGGACCUCCCUAUGAACUGCAGGGUUGAUGAAAUUUUUUGGACAUGCCAUGGCUGAUGAAAUGAGCAACCUCACCAAUGCCUUGCCUUAUAUUUACACAUGUGGCACAGUAGCAGUACAUGCUACCAAGAAGUGCUGUGACAUUUAAUCUUCUUGUCAAACUCUAGUGUAUCAUCACUCGCAAUGUCAUCUUGAGGUUAUCUGCGAAACUGGGGCUGACACUGAACUUACCCAGAUGACUGAAGAGAACAGCUCAUAUUUGAGAGUUAUCUGAAUAUCUGAUCAAGAAAUCUAGUGUAUCUGUUUAUUCAUUCCUUAUUUAUCAAGCAUUUGGAUCAGGAGACAUCUGCCCGGUCUUUUUCGGUGCCUAACCAGGUGUAAUGGACAGCGGCGGUGCUUUUCAGAGACGGAGGUCUUGGUCGGGAAACGUGGUGCUCCUGCGUGAGAUCAGACUUCGUGCGGCCCGGAUUGGCAUGGGUGUUUUUCCAACCGGGCUAGCCCAGUUUCCAUUAAUUGGCAAACAGAGAAAGGAAGUCCACUACAAAAGAAACUGAGAGCAUACCCUCUGCGAGGUCAAAAACAAUAUCAGCACUACAGCAACACAGCUAAAGUAGCAAAAGAUAAGCUAACAAGUUUGAAACGAGCUAAACAACCAUCAGCAGGGAACGGCUAAGAACUUUAUCAGACUCCUAGAUUGAAGACGCUGUGUCUCCAGCAGCAGCAGCAGCAGCAGCUAGACUUGCUGCCUUCUGCAUCAACAGCAUUGCUCCUUGCCGCAGAAUCUUCUUGUCCUCCUUGUGUAAGCCUGCCCAGUACAAGUGAGGCUAAGCCUGUUUUCCACAUUUACUUGCUCGUGUGAUCUGGAGCACUGUUGGCUCUAUCUUGGGCACUUCUCUUUGCCUCAUUUCUCCGUGGCAAGCUGCUGCUUGGUUCUACUCUCUUCUUCCUGGCGGUGACGGUUUUCAUAUGAUGUGUUGCGGAUGGUUGAAAUUUGAAAAGGAGACCAAUUGGUUGGAGGGGGCGGAGCAUGUGCGUUUUCGCCCACUUAACCCGAAUAUGAAAAAAGGUGCAAAUGUCAUGUUACUUGAUUAGUUGGAAACUCCAAUUGUUCAAUCAGCAAUCCAAAUCGGUCCCCAAUUCUCUUCAGCUGCUUUAGAUUGAUGUGCUGCUGGGAAGGUGCAGGUGCAUGACUUGAGGCGGCGGAGCAUGUGUGUUUUCGCCCACUUUACCUGACUCCUGUGAAUAUGAAAUAGUAAGGUGUAAAUGUAAUGUUUCUUGAUUGGAGCCUGUCAGACUUGUGAUGUUCCAAAUUUGGUUCUGGUCUCAA